UUCUUAUGUAAUAAAACGUCUAGACGUCCCCCGAGGUGAAAAAGGAGAAAUUUGAGUGUAAAUAUUUAAACUUUGUAGCUAAAUACGCGCACUGCGGUUAUGGAUUGGUUUGUGGCGCUUCCAAACAGCGCAAAACUCAACUAGGCACAACACAAAUGUAAAAUCAGUCACAUUCAGGUUUCUCAUAAGGUUUCUGCUGUGUUGUGAAUAGUGCUAAACUCAAGGUUUUCGUCACGAACAGGCAUAACAAAUGUCAUAAAUAUCAGUAUCUGCAAAUCAUUACAACGUUUUCAGCUGGUCUCGUAAAUUUCAUAAAUUGGGGCACAAAUUCACGUUCAGAAUGCUAUAAUAUCCAACCAAGUAGCAGAUAAUAACAGAUUAUUUUUAUAAUGGCUACAAGAAUCAACAACAGUAUUAUAAACCAAAUCUUGUUAUGGAUCCAUCCAAAGAAUCAAGAGCGCAACCUGAUCUCAGCAUCAUUUCACAUGAUCACAAUCACAUUGAUUAGCAUGUCCCUUGUGCAAUUGGAAUGGUUUCAGAUUGUUGGUGGAGUAUGCACUCCAUAUCUGACUCUUGGUGAAUUCUUCUGGUUUGGAUAUUCUGAUGAUUUUCCUUCUGGCUAUGAGUGUAUUAAUAACACAAUUGUGAAUAUGAUGAGGAUUAUCAUAUUAUGGUGUUUUAUGACAAUCAUAUUUUCCUUGGGUGGGUUCUUCCUGGACAUUAUUGGUCCAAGGACAUCAAUCUAUUUCUUCAUCAGGAAAUAUGCCCUUGCAAAUACAUGUACAGUAUUAUGGAUUAUGGCAAUUAUAAGUUCUUGUUAUUAUGUGGCCAUACUGCUGGAGAAUUCUCUUGCAACCUUAUAUCCAACAAUUGAUACAAUGGUCACUUAUGGAUAUGGGUUUUAUUUAAUUGCAGCAACAGGUGGCGUUGCAUUGAUUGGUACCUUCUGUUCAUUGAUUCUGAUGCAUACAAUGUCAUCGGAAGCUUAUGCAGCAGAUGAUCCAUGUUUGAUUGAUGAUUAUGAUGAUCAAAUGGAGCCGUUUAAUAACACCGUUCCACCACCGCCGUACAAUAUACCUCCACCUCCAUACGCACCCUGAAACCAAAUGCUUUAACACUUUUAAUGUAUACAUAUACAUAUUGAUUGUUAAAUUAGUUCUUAGAAAUUUCCGAGUAUUUUCUUAAACGAAUCAAGCGUCACACUCACUAAGUAUGUUAAAAUAUCUCAGAACGAAAACCUGCUACUAGUGCUUGUCGUUUUCAUGUGAUUUAAGUUGUAUCAAUAUUUAGUAUCUACAAGUUUGUAAACACACACACACACACAACUCAAUGUGAUAAUUGCCUUUCUCUAGUCUUCGAAAGAAUCGUCUAACAAACAUGCUUUACAGGCUUUAGCUGAUAAUAAUCAUUCUUUGUAACUUAGUCACCAAAGAUCUAUUUUUUGUUAAAAUGUGAAUUGUGUACACAUGGAAACUAGUUUUUAAACACCUCGGCAAAUUAUAAAUAUUAUAAAUUGUCAAUUGAUGAAAAUUGCAAACUUUCUUAAUGUUUCAUUUUACUGAGAAUCAAUAACAGGAAUCGUACAAAUUGUAAAUGUAAAUAAAUUAUUUUCAAACAAA